ACGGUGACGGAGCACGAGGGUGCGGACAGUAUUAUCGCUGUUCUGGAUGACUUGGCCCGGCGCGGAAAGAAGGGGUAUAUUAUCUACGAUGUGUCGGAGGAAGGAGCACCGCCGUCGUCAAAACUGCCGCCUGAUGGGUGGGGCAUGAUUUUGCUGGCAUCCCUAAAAAGCGGUAACUUCAACACACUGGCGAUGCAACUGCACACCAGUCUCACCAUCAUGAACUGCCCUGACGAGAAAGAGGUGAAGGCGAUGUGUGCCUGGAGGACGCGUGGCCGCCCCGCGCAGGAGCAAAGGAAGUACUGGGAGACUGUCCAGGACCGCAUGUCUCAGGUGGGGCCGAUGCCGCGUUACAUCCUCACUGAGGCGGAUUUCAACGAGGGCACUGAGGUGGUUAACAGCGCGCUGCAGGCGAUUACCGCCUCGGUUGCCAGAGACUACCUUGAUCUUGAAGAAGGGAACAUUUGGUGUCCGGGAAAUCCGUUUCAGCAAUUUGUGAAAAUUGAGCGGGUUAGUAACACAGGCGGUUUGGUGGUCAUUCGCUGUACAAGCAUAUGUCGCGGCCUUGAUUCCAAAGUGGCGCAACGUAUGUGUGAGGUUCUCGGCCCCGGCGAGUGUAUAGCGCGGUCGUGGCGUGCCUCUGAGCGUCGCUUACGACGCUGA